AUGGCUCUCGCGAUAUCUUCUGCUUAUGUGUCCUCUUCCUCCACCAUGGCUUUCGCCAUAUCCAACGCGUUUCGUUACCCUCUUCCUCAAAUUGGUCACAGAAACUCUCAUCUCACUCUUCGAACUUCCAAAUCGCCUUCUUUUGUUAGGCUUCUUCCUGGAAGGGUGUUGCAGAGCAGGAUUGUGAUUCGUGCUGCUUCUUCUGCGGCUGGAAAUCCACAGUCUGAUGGUGACUUUAACCCAUAUGAGGUUCUUGGUGUUAACCCUAUAGAGGGAUUUGAUAAGAUCAAGCAAACUUAUGGAAGAAAACUUAAAGAUGCUCAGAGGAAUGGUGAUGAAGCCACUGCUGCUCUACUUGAGAAAGCAUAUGAUAAGCUCAUGUAUUCCCAGUUAAUGGAUAGGAAAAAGGGUGUGACUUUCGGUUCGUUUAAGGUUUCCAAGGACAUUAAAUAUGCUGAUAAGCAGCCCAUAAUACCAUGGGGUCCAAGGUAUUCCAGGUCCCCCAGAAAGGAUAUGUUGAUCAACCUAGCAAUAGCAGCUGUGUUUAGUGCAUGGAUUGCCAUAAAACGUAAUGUUGAAUACAAACCGCUGCAGUUCAUGUCUUUUGCAUUCGUUUACAGAAUUUUCGAGAAAUUAAAAUCCUUUGAAGGACCUUCAACUCCAACAUAUAACGAGGAAGGUGAAGAAAGUGGACGGGGACUGAGAAUGGGAAAGAGGCUUCUUCGUUCUCUUUCAUUAGUUUUCGGCUCUAUACUUGUGGCAUCUUUGGCCUACACCGGGAUCUUAAAUUUCAUCGAGUACAUGGGCAGCUCCAUUCCCAUGGUUCUUUACAAUAACCAGGAACUUAUAGUGACGGCUACAACGGCUUUGAUGCUCUAUGUUAUGGCCUCGUAUUACAGAUAA